AUGUCUAACAAAGCUCUUAUCCUUGUUGGAGGUCCGUCUAGAGGCACUCGGUUUAGGCCUCUAUCCUUGGACUUACCAAAGCCCCUCUUCGAGAUCGCCGGGCACCCAUUGAUCUGGCACCCUCUCACUGCCGUCGCCAAGGUCCCAUCUAUCAAGGAGGUCUACCUUAUCGGGUACUAUGAGGAGUCCAUUUUCGCACCUUAUAUCCGCGAGUGGUCCACCGAGUUCCCGGACCUAACCAUCAAGUACUUACGCGAGUAUACUGCUCUGGGUACGGCCGGUGGUCUGUACCAUUUCAGAGAUGCCAUUAUGAAGGGGAACCCAAGCAGGCUGUUCGUCCUGAACGCCGAUGUUUGCUGUACCUUCCCCUUGACAGAAAUGUUGGAGAUAUUUGAAGAGAAGGAGGCUGAGGCUGUUCUUCUGGGGACAAGGGUUGGCGACGACGCGGCGAGGAACUUUGGUUGCAUUGUGUCUGAUCCUAAGACGUCUCAAGUUCGUCACUAUGUCGAAAAGCCAGAAUCUCACAUUUCUAACAUGAUCAAUUGCGGAGUUUACCUUUUCUCCUCAUCAAUUUUCUCGUUGAUUCGUACCGCAAUGGAAAACAAGGCUAUCCGUCUUGCCUCCGAUCCCACCCUUGACCCCUCAGAUGGCGAUUCCUCAUCUGUUCUUCGUCUUGAGCAAGAUAUCCUUGGACCGCUCUCCGAUUCGCGCCGUUUCUUCCUCUACGAGACGCGUGGCUUCUGGCGCCAGAUCAAAACUGCAGGUUCUGCUGUACCCGCCAACGCGCUGUACCUUCAGAAGGCGUUUCAGGCCCGCUCCCCAGAAAUUGCAGCGCCAUCAGCUUCCAUUGUCGCCCCGGUGUUCAUUCACCCGACUGCCCAGGUUGACCCAACUGCCAAGCUUGGGCCUAACGUGUCAAUCGGUCCGCGCGCAAUCAUUGGUGCUGGGGCAAGAGUUAAGGAGAGCAUCGUUUUGGAGGAUGCAGAGAUCAAACACGACGCCUGUGUGUUAUACUCUAUCAUCGGUUGGCAAAGCAAGGUGGGCGCCUGGGCCCGUAUCGAAGGAACCCCCAUGAGUGUUGCCGAGCACUCAACUACUGUCAUCAAGAAUGGUGUCAAGGUGCAGAGUGUCAGCAUUUUGAGCAGAGAUUGCAAGGUUGGAGACGAAGUUAGAGUUUGGAACUGCAUCUGUCUGCCAGACAAAGAGCUCAAGAGAGAUGUAUCGAAUGAGAUUAUCAUGUAA